CUCCACAACUCACGAAAUUAUGGCCUCAGUGUUUUCCGCCAUCUGGCCCCUCCUCUCCUCCUACAGGCCCAAUGCCGCUCGGGAUCGCCAGCAAGUCCCGCCCCUCCUAUGGCAAACCCAUCACUGACCUUGACACAGAGCUCAGCGCGAGGACAAGCCACAGAGGUUUGGAGCAUUCGAAGCCACAUACCGACCCCCAGGCUUUGCUGUCCGCAGGCCCCGAAAUGACAGAGAAGCCCAGGCGUGAGCCGUGUCCUACUGCCUCUACUGCCUUGAGGCAUGCUGACAGGUGCAGUAUGUACAACCAUAUCCGUACAGUAGCCUACUGGCUUGACGCUGCGCCUGUACUUGCCGAUCUAGGACUGCCCUUCCGAGCGGGUAUAGACGAUAUAAUCUCCUUGGUUCCCAUCUAUGGUGAUAUCGUCUCUGGUAUCUUGCAACUCUACCAAGUGUGGCUGGCAUUCAUCUUUGGGGUUCCAACGAGCAUCCUGGGUUAUAUGUUGUUCAAUGUCAUUAUUGACGUUCUAGUCGGCAUCGUCCCCUUGAUUGGCGACUUUAUCGACAACUUGUUCAAAUCCAACUUGCGUAAUCUUGCGCUUCUUGAGACAUGGCUCCUCACGUCUCCGGCGGCAAACCGCCAAUACCACAUCUUGUUGAUGCCCGAGUCGGGUGACUUUUUGCCGGUGCCAAAAACGGCAGGAGCAGGAUGGUUUGGAAGGAGUAACAAGGGGCGGACCGAGGAGGAUGUGGAGAGGGAGAGGGAGAGGACUACCGGCAAAGUCAGGAAGACGAGGAGGAUGGGCAAGGAGGAGGGGGUGCCAGUUCAGGAAGCCCCUGUGGAGGAAGUCCCUCUGGGAACGUUGUAGAAUUGUGCAGCAGUCAUGCUGACAUGGCUUCGUGUUGAUACUUGUAGAUAGCUGAGUAGAUCAGCGGUCACGGCAAGCUCGUGGAACGCUUUUGAUUGUAAACCCAUGCAUUAAAUUUAAGAACAA